GGCAGGGGCAGCGUGCCACACUCGCGCGCGCGCCGAGGCAGCCAUCGAUCAAUCGGACUGGCGCGGCGGCGUAUCCAACUCCGCCCCCGCUGCUGCCCCGGCUCCCGGAGCACCACUCCCAGCACCACCAAUCAUGGCCCUCGCCUCCGCAUUAGCCUCGGCACUGUCGGACGCCCACGCGACGAUGGCCCACGCCAAGGUCCACGAGGACUACGCGGCGGCCGACCCGUUUUCCUCUCCUGUUCCGCCGUCCAAGCAGAACGCGCCGCCGGCCACGGUCUUCAAACCUACAAGUGUCACGCCGCCCUCGCCUCCUAGAACACCGACGUCGGCCGACAAGCGCGAACCGGCGUCCACGGUAGCUGCUCGGAGAGCUCUCCGAGCUGCUGUUGAAAGAGUGGAAAGACGAUGUGCUAGAGUAGAAGCAGUAGUAGCAUCACGCUUAGACGCGUUGGACGCGCGCUGCACCGAGAUGAAGACGAUGAUGGUGAAACUGGUCGAGAACCAGCCGACGAAAACUUGUCUAGAUGCGGUGAAAGCAGCUCGAGAGGCCGCGGCACGGGCAGAGGUCGCGGCUCAACAAGCGCAGAAGCACGCGGAGGCGUCGCCUCCUUUACAGAGGGAGAGGAAGAAGUCGUUAUCUGACCGGUUGGCUGCUCUUUCUCCUCUAAAGAAGCAACCGGUCGUCGAGGAAGAUGCGUUGGUCGCGGCCUACGCCUCGUACCAAGAUCAGGAGCCUCCAUCUAUAUCAAGGAUACCAGACGACUUCGCGACGAUCCAGGCGGCGAUCGACGCCGCGGAAGAUGAUGGACUAGUUAUUAUCGCGCCUGGAUUGUAUCGCGAGGCAUUGGUCGUUGCAAGACCAAUAAAACUCGAAGCGGCCGAAACUACGAGUGACGACGAAGGCGUCGGCGCGCCGUUAACGACGGUCACCGUCGAGGCGCCGGCGCCAGGUUCACGGGCUUUAUUAGUGACAGCUGCGGGCUCGUGUACGGCGCGAGGCAUCGCGUGGCGGUGCUCGACCGAAGUGAAUGAGUUAGCGAGGCCCUGCGCGGCCGUCGGCGUCAAGGGCGGCCGCCUGGCCCUCGAGUCGUGCGCCGUCGGGAGUGCUUCCGCAUUAUCAGGGGUCAACGCGCAGCGCGGCGCAACGCUUUCCCUAUUACGAGUUACUGGCGCGAACUGCCGCCACACGGGCGUCUUGUUGAGCGGCGCGGGGACGACGGCGACUCUGGAAAGAUGCGACCUCUCGGAGAACGGCGCGCACGGCCUGGAAAUUCAGGACGCGGCGCGCGUCGACGACGCGCUGCGGCUGCGCUGCGCGCACAACGCGUUGUUUGGGGUGUUUGUUUCCGACCCCGGGUCUUCAUCGAAGCUGCGGAGGGCGGACCUGUCGCGGAACCGGAGGUGCGGGGUCUGGGUCCAGUCGGGCGCGUCUUGCGACGUGUCGGAUGCGACGUUCUCGAAGAACGGGGAGCACGGCGUGGCGCUCUCCGAGGACAAGUCGAGUGCGGUGCUGCGGCGGUGCGCCUUCGCCGGUCGGGACGACCACCUGGCGUGCUUCAACGGCGCCGCGUUCUCUUCAUUAGAUGCGCGGGACUGCUGCUACGAGCCCGGGGAUGACGACUCUCCUAGGCUGGAGGCGGGGCUCUAAAUUCAUCUACUGCUGUAGGCCCUCAUCGCGCCGUCGGCGAGGUACUACUCCAUUAGUCAUAC